CGCUCGCACGCACACGGAGCUGCCGCAAAGCCCCGUCCUUCAGGGCUUUUAAAGCACCGUGUUUGCUUCACGCUCCAACAAUACCAUCCAAUUGAAGAGCCGCAACGCUGAACCGGCGGUCACCGUGGGAAGACCGCCGACGAGCACGAACCGUGAGCAGGGGGGGACAGCAACUGUAUUAUUAUUAAAAAAAUAGAUAGUGGUUUGCUGGUCAGAUAAUUUAACCCCUAAUCUUCCGUGACGCUUUUGCGGAGGGUGAAGGCAGUCGAAACGGGAGGACGUCCCUGUGAGCGGACCGGGUCGGUGACCGUUAUUCCGUUCUUUUCAAUGUGGAUGGGACUACAAGCGACUCGCUCGUUGCAGCUAGCUCGGUCCGGCCGCGUUGAUGCAGCAGCAGCGCACGGCUGUCGUGCUCAAAUCUACCGCCGGAUUCGGGAAGACAAUAGGUGAACUAUACGCCGGUCUGGACCUCCAAGACUAUACCAAACGAGGGUCUGCAUCCGCUUGGGCUUCACUAGUGUCCCUGUGAGGAAUCGGGCUAUAGAGUGAAGUGAGAGCCGGCAGGCAGCUGCAUCAGGAUGGCGGCCGUGGUGAAUUAUUCUCCGCCUUGGUGGGUGAAUCUGCUCCACCGGUUGCCUCAUUUCAACAUCGAGUUUCAGACAGUGAGCAGCGACUUCAGGCCAGAGGACUCUGAGUACCAGAAGUCUGUUUUGCUCCUCGGUGCUGUGGCGUUGCUGUGUUUGGGCCUGGACCUUCUUUUCCUCCUUUUCUACUCUUUCUGGCUUUGCUGCCGGCGGCGCAAGAGUGAUGAGUCCUCACACUCCCAUAUGCACUCCCAGCAGCCUAGCGCCGACUGCUGCUGCACCGCUUGGUGCGUCAUCAUUGCCACACUCGUCUGCAGUGCUGGCAUAGCCGUAGGAUUCUAUGGAAACGGAGAGUCGAGUGAUGGAGCCGCACGUUUAGCGUACUCCUUCCGUCAUGCCAACCGCACCGUGUCUGGAGUGGAGAAACUGGUGUCAGACAGCGCCCUAGCCUUAAACCAGACUGUGGAGGAGAACUUGGUCCAGUUAGAGACAGCUUUCCAGGAUCAGACAGAUUAUGUGUCCAUUGUCCAGAAGCUCCAGGGACAGCUGGAUGAGUUGGUGAGGCUGAUGGUUGAUGUUCCCUUCUGGUCCAAUACUGAGAUCUCCCUGGAGGACUUGGCCCGUAAAACGGAGGCCUUUGACUUUUACAGGUGGUUGGGGUACCUGGGCCUGUUGCUCUUUGACGUUCUCAUUUGUCUUCUGGUGCUGUUUGGACUGAUACGCAACUCUAGAGGCACUCUUAUUGGAGUAUGUCUGCUGGGUGUUCUGACUUUGAUCAUCAGCUGGGGAUCGCUGGGCCUGGAGCUGGCUGUCGCCGCUUCAGCCAGCGACUUCUGCGUCUCCCCUGAUACCUACAUCACUAGGGUGACCAAGGAAAAUGAUGUCAUUAACCAAGAUAUCCUGCAGUAUUACCUGAGCUGCAGCUCUGGACAGAUUAACCCCUUUCAGCAGAGGCUGUCGGGGAGCCACAAAGCAUUGGUGGAGAUGCAGGAUGAUGUGGCAGAGUUACUGAGAUCAGCAACACGUGACUUUGCCAGCACCAAGGGGAGUCUCGAGCAAAUCCAGUCUGUGCUGAAUUCCACCGAGGUGGGCCUGCACCAGCUCACUGCUCUCGUCGACUGUCGCAGCCUGCACAUGGACUACGUCCAAGCACUGACUGGCCUGUGUUAUGAUGGCGUGGAGGGUCUCAUCUACCUGGUUCUCUUCUCCUUUGUCACUGCUCUGAUGUUCUCCUCUAUUGUGUGCAGUGUGCCGCACACCUGGCCUGGCAAGAGGAUGGAUGAGGAAGACGGAGAGGACGAGUCGGGCGCCUCACGCGGCGGGGUGCACGAUAACCUGUACCGCGUUCACAUGCCCAGUCUCUACAGCUGUGGCUCCAGCUACGGUAGCGAAGCUAGCCUGCCCGCUACAGCCCACACUGUCAGCAAUGCCCCCGUCACUGAAUACAUGAGCCAGAACGCAAACUUUCAGAACCCUCGGUGUGAGAACACCCCCCUGAUUGGCAGGGAGUCCCCUCCACCCUCUUACACCUCCAGUAUGAGAGCGAAAUACCUGGCGACCAACCGACCAGACCAGAACCGACGCUCCGUUCCUAACGACCAACUGGAUCCCGCUAGCCGGCCUCACCCCGCUGCCAGACCACAGUCCUCAGUCCACUAAGAAAGCACUUCAGCCACAACACUGCCUGAAUCCAGUUCUCACAGCCAACAGCAAGAUCCAACACGGCCCUCAGCACCAGAGCUGGGUGCUUUUUUUUUUCCAGUUCUUUUUCCAGGUCCACUGAAUUUAACCAACACUGACCGGUUCAUCAGCAGAACUCAUCAACCAGAUACCACAGCACAUGACUGCACUUUUAAAGCUCAACUUCUACUUCUUUCCUACACAAAACCAACAUAACUAAAAAGGCAGAAGAGCACAUCGUAGAAGAUCAAUGCUUCUGCUUCUCUUCUUUACGGACACACACACACAUACACACACACACACAUACACCCGCCCAAGCUGCUUGAUCCACCACUGCUGCGAUGGAUCAGCCCUCAUAACCACAACGCACGGACCACAAAAGCCACAGUUUCUUCUUCUUCCUCUCAACUUGCAUCUGUCCACUGCCGUCCAGUGAAGGCAUCUAUGCUGCUCUCACUGCUCAACCGCCCCUGACACACUCACACACAGGCAAGCACACACACACACACACACACACACACUGUACAGAGCUGUAAAUAGUGACCAUGUGCUUAAUCUGAGUUCAUGAAAAGUAGACUGUUGAAUCCUUUACUGGUAACGUGGUGUGCUGUGUGUUUAUCAUGGAAAUGUUUGCUGUAUCUCUCAUACAAACACACACACACACACACACACACACAAGUAGGAAGAUAGUCUAACCAAACACUCAUUUGUGUAAAUAAUAAGCCAGUGAAUCAGAAAGCCAUGCUUAGAUGAACUGUACCACCAGAUCCCCAUUCUCUCUUUAGCUUAACAUUGUCGUCUAAGACUUGAAUUGUAAGCUCAAAAAAAAGAAAGAAAAAAAAGUGUGCCCGCGUGUCUUUUCCAUACUUGUUAACGUGCGCAUACGUUUCAGUUACGAGCCAGUAACCCUGUUGUGAAAUGACUGCUUUUGAACUUUGGGAAAGCGGAGUCUGAGACAACGGACAUACGGAGGCUCCAACCUGUGCCAAAAAACUGAAUAAUUCAAUGAGGGAUGCCUGAUUCUGCCCUCAUUUCCUACUGCCUCCAGAUAUCUCGAGAAAGGACGGGGAAAAAAGAAACCUCACGUGGAAUCUUUUCCCUCCGUCUGUCAACGAUAAGGGAAGAGGAGAGACAUUUGGAAAAGGGAAGGAGUGGACCGAUAGUUGCAACUACACAUUUGCCAGGUGCUAUGUAAAGCGGUCGAGGAUCCGGACUGAGGAGGGACAGAAAUGUUUUUGUUACUUUCAAUGCUUUUUUUCUUUUCUUUUUUUUUUAAUUCAGGGAUUUGUUAAAGAAAAGCAGAGCGGCUUUCUGUGAUUACUAAAUGUAAAUUGUGUCCCGAAGCCAGAAAAAACCCAUUCCUGAAGUUUGUUUUUAUCAUAAGCUGACAUUGACGCUGUGAUACUGUGACCAACUGUAGUAUUCUGUUUCUUCCUGUGCUUUUAUUUUGGUGACCUCAGAUUUAACCUUUUAGCGCAGAUAUUGAAUCUUUUCUUUUCUUUCUUUCUUUCUUUUUCUACCCACAAGCACAAAUUCUCUUCAAGGUGACUUUGUGAGAUGGAGAAGUAAAACUCACUGCCAGUGACUUUUUUUCCUCCCACUCUGUGUACAGUGUAUAAAAAAAUCCAAACACAGUAGUCGUCGACCCACGUGUGUGUGACAUCACUGCGACGUGAUUGGCCGUUGCUCUAAGUCAGCGUAACUCUGUGUGAGUACAGUGAUUAAGUGACUGGCAAAGCAAGCAAAGGCUGGCCUAGCCUGAGUCAUUCCUACACUGACGUUGCACACACGUUAACGGACACACACAUACACACUUUGUGCUUUACUGACACACACCUUCCAUACAUACUGCAGUAUUCUUUAAAGCCCAUCUUUCCCUACUUUUAUCCUGUUUACAUUCAUAUCUAGAGCGAUAGUAGCAGCACGCCCCCCCUCCCCACCAUGCUGAUAACCCCGUGCAUUAUGGGUGAUGUAGUAGGUAGUAACCGAAUUAAAGAGCAACCCCCAAUCCUGUAGUCGGCCACCCUGAACUUCCGUACGCUGUUGCACCACCCGAUCCUGUACAGCAUUUUAAUACUGUCUUAUUAAUCGAUGACCACUUCUCGUAUUAGCGAGACAAUCUUACAUGUGUGAUUUUACUAGGAAGGAAACGUCCAUGUUAUGGUAACAAUGCUACCUAUGGUCUAGUACUUUUACAAUGUUUUAUUGCACCAUGGAUGGAAACAGUGUUAAGAUCUGUGGGACUAGUCACUGAUUAAUGGCCUUUCAUAAUGUUUUUAAACUCUUACAGCACUCUUCAUAUCACGACAUGUCUUCUUCUUCUUUUUUCUUUUUUUUUAAUGUUUCGCUGUCUUGUAAAAAUCAGACUUUAAAGAUAAAAUAAUAGCUAGCUGUUUUGUAGGAGAAUAAAGGCAAGAGCAGCAUUUUUCCUCUCUUAUUAAUGGUGAAUGACUCUCUGUCUUGCAACUGUUUUAAUAAGACUAUUACAGUGUCGUCCGCGCACCUGAUGCAGUGCUGCGUUUGAAGUUCUGUGCCAGUGCUGUCUGUGAUUUGACUGCUCUGGUACAGUGAGCCACGCUCACUAAGAGUCAAUAACGAGUGGGCGCUUCUCCGUGUGGUAAUUACAGGACUUCAAAUGCACAACUGUUCAGAUGCGACAGACAAACAAUGUUUUCUAUGGCUGUUUUUAUUUUCUGAUGGUUUAACUAAGAUAUUAAUGAUAUACAUGUCAAAACUGUGGUAAUGAUAUCAUUCAGCCUGGAAUAAAUGUUUUAAAAAAAAAAAAUUAAAGCAACUUUAACGUACUGAUGAA